AACAUGUCGUGAUGGCUGCUGAAGUUGAUGAUGAUUUGCAAUUAAUGCGCGCCUCGGCGGGGCUUCUGUCAGAUCUCCAGGUUGCUCUCUCAAAACUGCUCUGGAAACAGGGAGACCAAGGUCGUGUCCAUCAUCUUGUUCGUUCGCGCGAUCUCGACCAUGUCGUUCAAUUGAUUGAGCCUUUCCAAGGAGAACCUCAAUUACUCGAUGCUCAUCUCAAGACACUGUUGCCCCCAAUUGUCGAAGCAUAUCUAGCCUUCCUCCAAGUGCAACAGGCCAAGUCUCCUUCUCCUCUCACAGUUUCUCUGGAUGUCGCCGCCAGCAAGCUGCUGUACACUUUUUGCAAAGUUCGAGGCGAGAAAAUCAUCACCGGCUUCCUCAAUAAUGAACCCAGAUAUCUUGAGCUCAUCUUGACCAACCUCGAAGAUUUCAAAGUCCUUAGCGCUGGCUCAGAUACUGCCUGGGAGAAGUCUUAUGUGUUACUCCUAUGGUUGACCCAUUUGAUGCUUGCGCCAUUCGACCUCAGCUCGAUAUCGGCUGUUGCUCAGCCUUCCAAAGUAUGCGAGCAUAUGUCUCUACAGCCGCUGGUCCCUUCGAUUGCACGACGUGCCAUAGCAUUGGGCAUCCAUUAUCUCGCAAGUGCUACCAGGGAGCAAGAUGCUGCUGCAAAGAUGCUCGUACGUUUGGUCACCAGACCUGAUAUGCAGCACCUCGAUCUUCCUACUGCACUGGUGUCUUGGGCAUUGACGAAGCUCCUGAAUCCAUCUGCUUCGCCUAACUCCAACCUUCACACCUUCCUGGGCCCACUUCGGUUCCUGGUGGGAAUGACAGUGUCAGUCGAUACUCCCGGAGCGGCUACUCUUAUACCAUCCAUCUACUCUGCUGGUCAAAGACUUAUGGAUGAUGCGAUGCUCGCGUUUCUGAGCUCUUCCGCUGUCACGAAGAAACUAGUUGUCAAGUUAUUGCGUAAUGUGGCUCUACUGAGCUUGCAAUCCUCAUUCGACAGCCUCGUCGACUUUUUCGAGUCAUCUGGUGUCUUGGAAGAGACGAUCGAGUACUGUUUGCAAUCGCUUGAGGAUCGUGACACGCCGGUCAGAUUCGCUGCUAGCAAAGCACUGAGUAUGAUAAUCCUACGACUCGAUCCGGAUAUGGGACAUGAAGUCGUUCAGGCGAUUCUCGAAAGCUUCAAGGAAGACAUGCCAAAGUCUUCUUCGAGACCCGACUUUGGAGCUGCAAACGCGUUGAGGUGGCAUGGUCUGACCUUGACACUGGCACACGCAUUGUUCAGGAGGUCGGCCUCACCACAGCAACUUCCCGAGAUCUUGAACGCCUUGUUAUUGGCGCUUAGCUUUGAACAGAGGUCUGCAGUUGGUAUGAGUACUGGAAGCAACGUUCGAGAUGCCGCGUGUUUCGGUAUUUGGUCAUUGUCCCGACGCUACACCACCAGGGAACUUUUGUCAGCGGACAUAUCCGAGAUCAAAUUUGACUUCCACCAAGAUACCGAAUCCAUAAUCCAAGUCGUUGCUAUCCAGCUCCUACUUUCUGCCUGCUUGGAUCCUUCUGGCAAUAUCAGAAGAGGAUCUUCCGCUGCUCUUCAAGAGCUUAUCGGUAGGCAUCCUGACCAAGUCAGCAAUGGUAUUUCUCUUGUUCAAGUAGUCGACUACCAUGCAGUCGGACUUCGGCAACGCGCCAUGGUUGAUGUGGCUCAGAAUGCUGCGGCUCUCGACACAGUCUAUCGAGAGGCACUGCUUGCCACGCUCGGGAAGUGGCGAGGUCUUGGUUCUACCGACAUUCUUUCUCGUGAGGCUGCUGCCGAGUCUAUCGGUCUACUAUGUGCUCCCCAAGUCCCUCAGCACGUCAAUGUCACACUUGACAGACUACAGAGAUGUCUUCUUGCGUUCCCAAAUUCUGACGUUGAACAAUGUCAUGGAUCCCUACUUGCCCUGUCGAGGAUCAUCGACACCAAGAUGCUCCAACGCUUCCAAGACGACGCUCGAGAUCCGAGCACAAAAGACACGUCAUAUUUGCUUUCUUUAUGGAAGUUGUUCGCUGACGAGAGUCAUCUAUACAAGAACCAGACUUCGCGAGCCACACGAGCAGAGUUGACGUCCGCUGUAGCCCGAUUCUUAGCAUCUCUAUCGGAGCUCUCUCUGCUAUCCACUACAAACCGCAUAGAUUUGUCAUCACAGAUGCCCAAGCUGAGUCAGAUCGUAUCUGUUUUGAUUUCCUCGUCUGAUAAUUCUGUCUUGCAAGCUCUGCCGCGUCUAGUAAAAGCGCUCUCACGGCUGAGUGAAUCAGGUUUCACAGCAACAACAAUUCUGAAUCUCUCGGAUUGUCUUGCCAGAAUUGCGCACGAUUCUUCAGGCAUGGUUCUGCAAGGGUCCGGGCGUGUUGUUGCUGUUGGGUCGGCAUUCCCAUGGUUGCAAGACAUCUACAGCUGCGAUCGAAUCACAGCCUGUAAUCUUCUAUCAAACAUCGUCCAGACAGCCCCACAGACCGAAUGGCGUAUGGUCGGAUUACGAGCCAUAGAAUUGAUGAUCCAGGCAAAUACCAUUGGCACCGAUGUCUUGCCAGAAGUGUUCUCUGCACUUCAUGCUGGUCUCAAUGACUACACCAUUACCGAAAGGGGAGAUGUUGGGUCACUAGUGCGGACAAGGGCCAUCCAGUGCGUUCAGAGCAUGUGGGAUUCUAAACAGGCACCAGAAGUCGACCCCGUCUCCAAUCAACUUCUGGAAGGGAACAUCAUUCGUUUGGCGUUUGAAAAGAUGGACAGAGUCCGACUUCAAGCUGCAAGAUGUCUGCAACAAGACNNUUUCAGCGUUUCUGACACAGAUGUCACGAGUUACCAAUACUUUUUGAAACUACUUGCGCCACUGAAAAAUGAUCCGCCUAGCUGGAAACGCGAUGCAAUCCUGAGAGGAAGCAUAUCGUGCGCUGGAGUUGGUGCAGAAGGGUUGUUACGGGCUUCUCGUGAGGCCUUGGUCGACACGAUAUCCAGAGGAAGUGACGAUAUGAGAUCCGACUGUUUGUCUGCUUUCACCAAUUUCUUGAGAAAUCUCAUCGCGAAAGAGGGCGAGACUCAACCGCUGUUGGAGCUCAUCGCCUGGCGAGUUCUGUUAUCCUUGGUUCAGAAGGCGCAUUUCAAAUCGAACAAUAUCUCGAGGAUACUGGCAGCGGUCGAGAUCUACCAGGCGCUGGCUGAAAAGCCGACUACACGUGCCGACACGUUGAGGAAGCUUGCCAGCAUGCUGAGAACGAAUCCAUAUCCAACAGUCCGAACUGCAGUAGCCGAGUGUCUGUUCCUCGCAACAGGCGAUCAAGCUUUGAAAGACGUCGACUGGAGCAAAUCGUCACGGACGUACAACCUGCAGGUGGAUGUGCGG